AUUGAGAUAGAUUCAUUUAAUUCAAAGGACGGAAAGUUGAUUCCCAUUAAAACAACUAUUGAACAGUUGUCAUCUCAUCCAAUAUUUUCAAGGAUUUGUGCUCCGAUUGAGACCAAUGGAUACAAUUCAUCACUUUUGUUAUCUGAAGACUCGAUGAAUGGCAUGUCUUUCAAUAUGUCACCAGUGGUUCAUUAUAACGCAUACAUAAGCGUUAUCUUAAGUAUUGUCUUAUGUUUGGACAGAAUUUUCAUAAAAAGAUUUUUGAAGGAUUAAAGAGAAACAAAAAACAGGUAAACGAAGUCUGAAUUAUAAAGUGAAAGGAAUUAUAAAUUGAAGGAAAACAGGAAAACAAACUUAUUUAAGCCACACAUUAAUGUUAUCAAAGUCUAUAAUAUUGUAUUAAUAUUCAUGUUUUUUAUACAAAA